AUGCUCCUCUGCGAGAAAGUCAUUCCGUUAACAACUUGGCUGGAGCACGAGGAAACUAAGCGACUAACGAGUGUGAAGUUGCCUCCGGGAGCGAAUAUUCGCAACUUUCGUCGGCUGAAGGAAGUUCUACCCCGGUCCGAACGAGAGAGUUGGACGAAAAGAGAAUUGGACGAAAGAGAGAAUUGGACGAAAGAGAGAAUUAUACGAAAGAGAGAAUUGGACGAAAGAGAGAAUUGGACGAAGGAGAGAAUUGGACGAAAGAGAGAAUUGGACGAAAGAGAGAAUUGGACGAAAGAGAGAAUUGGACGAAAGAGAGAAUUGGACGAAAGAGAGAAUUGGACGAAAGAAGAGAACUGGACGAAAGAGAGAACUGGACGAAAGAGAGAACUGGCCGAAAGAGAGAACUGGACGAAAGAGAGAACUGGACGAAAGAGAGACCUGGACGAAAGAGAGAACUGGACGAAAGAGAGAACUGGACGAAAGAGAGAACUGGAUAAAAGAGAGAACUGGACAAAAGAGAGAACUGGACGAAAGAGAGAGCUGGACGAAAGAGAGAACUGGACGAAAGAGAGAACUGGACGAAAGAGAGAACUGGACGAAAUAGAGAACUGGACGAAAGAGAGAACUGGACAAAAGAGAGAACUGGACGAAAGAGAGAACUGGUCGAAAGAGAGAACUGGACGAAAGAGAGAACUGGACGAAAAAGAGAACUGGACGAAAGAGAGAAUUGGACGAAAGAGAGAACUGGACGAAAGAGAGAACUGGACGAAAGAGAGAAUUGGACGAAAGAGAGCAUUGGACGAAAGAAAGAACUGGACGAAAAAGAGAACUGGACGAAAGAGAGAACUGGACGAAAGAGAGAACUGGACGAAAGAGAGAACUGGACGAAAGAGAGAACUGGACGAAAGAGAGAACUGGACGAAAGAGAGAACUGGACGAAAGAGAGAACUGGACGAAAGAGAGAACUGGACGAAAGAGAGAACUGGACGAAAGAGAGAACUGGACGAAAGAGAGAACUGGACGAAAGAGAGAACUGGACGAAAGAGAGAACUGGACGAAAGAGAGAACUGGACGAAAGAGAGAACUGGACGAAAGAGAGAACUGGACGAAAGAGAGAACUGGACGAAAGAGAGAACUGGACGAAAGAGAGAACUGGACGAAAGAGAGAACUGGACGAAAGAGAGAACUGGACGAAAGAGAGAACUGGACGAAAGAGAGAACUGGACGAAAGAGAGAACUGGACGAAAGAGAGAACUGGACGAAAGAGAGAACUGGACGAAAGAGAGAACUGGACGAAAGAGAGAACUAGACGAAAGAGAGAACUAG